ACAGCAGUGAAAAGUCUGAGAAGAAAAUAAGGUAGUUUCGAGAAUCAAUGGCGAAAACAGAGUACAACGUAGUUAGAUUACAGUGGAUUUCAGCUUUGGUAUUGAUGACAACGUUAUUCGACGACAUCCUCGGAGGCAACCACAACGGUAGCAAUGUAACUUACGACGGAAGAUCGUUGAUCAUCAACGGCGAACACAAACUUCUCUUCUCUGGUUCUAUUCACUAUACGCGGAGUACUCCCGAAACAUGGUCAUCUUUGAUAGCCAAAGCAAAGGCAGGUGGAAUAGAUGUGAUACAAACCUACGUAUUCUGGAACAUUCAUGAACCCCAACGAGGAACGUAUGAUUUUAGUGGUGGACGCGAUAUAGUAAGAUUCUUAAAGGAAGUACAAGCACAAGGAUUAUACGCUAGCUUAAGGAUUGGACCCUUUAUUGAGGCAGAAUGGAAUUAUGGCGGUCUACCAUUUUGGCUACAUGAUAUUCCGGAAAUUGUUUAUCGAUCUGAUAAUGAACCAUUCAAGCUUUACAUGCAAAACUUCACCACGAAGAUAGUGAACAUGAUGAAGUCGGAAGGCUUAUAUGCUUCUCAGGGAGGGCCUAUUAUACUUUCACAGAUUGAGAAUGAAUACUCGAUGGUGGAGGCAUCCUUCCAUGAGAAAGGACCUCCUUAUGUUAAAUGGGCAGCAAACAUGGCGGUUAGCCUUCAGACUGGUGUGCCAUGGACCAUGUGCAAGCAAGACGAUGCACCUGACCCUGUGAUAAAUGCAUGUAAUGGGCUAGAAUGUGGAGAAACAUUCGUUGGACCAAACUCGCCUAAUAAGCCAUCUAUUUGGACUGAGAAUUGGACUAGCAACUAUCAAGUUUAUGGAGGUGAACCGUACAUAAGAUCAGCAGAGGAUAUUGCAUUUCAUGUAGCCCUUUUCAUUGCUGCAAAGAAUGGGGCUUUUGUCAAUUAUUAUAUGUAUCAUGGAGGAACCAAUUUUGGAAGAUCAACAGCGGAAUAUGUCAUUACAGGCUACUAUGAUCAAGCACCUCUGGACGAAUAUGGUUUACCUAGAGAACCAAAAUGGAGUCAUCUUAAGGAAUUACAUGCUGCAGUUAAGCUAUGUACCAAACCCUUGCUUUCUGGAACAAAAUCCAACAUCUCACUCGGCCAACUACAAAAAGCCAUUAUGUUCAAAACUGAGUCCGGAGAGUGUGCUGCCUUUUUGGUGAAUAGGGGAGCUGAGGAUGUGAGUGUUCUGUUUCAGGAAGUUACAUACGAGUUACCUUCGAGUUCCAUCAGCAUCUUACCAGAUUGUAAAACUGUGGCCUUCAACACCAAAAGGGUAAGCGUACAACACAAUACAAGAACAAUGAAGGCAGUACAAAUGUUUGAUUCGUCUGAAAAAUGGCAAGAGUUCAAGGAACUGAUACCAAACUUUGAUGAAACCACAUUAAGAGAAAACAUGUUAUUAGAGCAGACAAAUACCACAAAGGAUCGCUCAGAUUAUCUUUGGUACACUAUGAGUGUUCAACAGGAUUCUCCCGACUCUCAACAAAUACUUGAAGUGGGUUCUCGAGCUCAUGUUGUGCAUGCAUUCGUCAAUGGAGUUUAUGCAGGCUCCGCCCAUGGAGCUAAAAAUGAACCAAACUUCUCUCUAAAUAAUAAUAUUACAUUGAGACAUGGAACCAACAACAUCUCAUUGCUCAGUGUGAUGGUCGGGUUAGCGGAUUCUGGAGCAUAUCUUGAGAGAAGAGUUGUUGGACUACUAAGAGUGAUAAUUGGAGGCAAAGAUUACUCUGCGCAAACUUGGGGAUACAAGGUUGGCCUAUCAGGAGAGAACUCGCAAAUAUUUUCAGGCUCGGGGUCAAAUGAUACUCAAUGGAGUAAAUUAGAUAAAUCCUCUCAGCCCCUCACAUGGUAUAAGACACAGUUCGAUGCACCUCCGGGUGAUGACCCUAUCGCCCUGAACCUUGGUUCCAUGGGGAAAGGUGCAGUUUGGGUUAAUGGCUGGGGCAUUGGCCGGUACUGGGUCUCCUUCCUCACUGGAAAAGGGGAGGCUUCACAGAAAUGGUAUCAUGUACCACGUUCCUUCCUAAAGCCAACCGGAAACCUGUUGGUUAUCUUUGAAGAAGAAACAGGAAACCCGGUAGGGAUCACUUUGGAUGUUGUUUCCAUUACCAAAACAUGUGGGCAAGUGUCCGAAUCACAUUACCCCUUAGUAGCUUCAUGGAUGGGUGAAAAGAAUCAGAGCGCGAGUAGUAGAAGGCCAAAGGUCCGAUUAAGCUGCCCUACGAACAAGAACAUCUCCAGCAUCUUAUUUGCAAGCUUCGGGACCCCUUCUGGUGACUGUCAAAGCUACGCUACUGGAACCUGUCACUCCCCAAGCUCCAGAGCCGUUGCAGAGCAGCUAUGUCUAGGGAAGGCUAAAUGCUCCAUUCCAAUCUUGAAUCAUAAGUUUGGCGGUGAUCCAUGUCCACACAUCACCAAAACUUUGUUGGUCGAUGCUCAAUGCACUUAGUGAUGGAAGAAGCCUUCCAUGAAGCAGAUGACAAGAUAAUCCAAAGAGAACUUUCAAAUAGAUCAUUAGCUUUAGCAAAAACUCCAUGACCACAGCCCAUUUCUUUCUUUUAUGAGUCCUAGGAACAAUUGUGCAAUGCUUCCAUUAGUAAUUGGUUCAUGUCAAUUGUCUAACAAUGUAAUUCAAGCCACAGUUCUCUAAUCAGAAAAUUAAUCUUUUUUUGCUACUAGAUUUUCCUCUUGUUAGAAAUCACAAUGGUCCACUUUUCGCAUUUACUUAUAAACUCAUGAUCAACCCCUUAAUUAGCCUAUGUGAGACUCCUUUCCCAACAAUCCUCCCUUUAACAAAGUACAUCAUAGAGCUUUCCCUAAGACCUAAUGGAGCCCUCGAAUAGCCUCCUCUUAGUCGAGGCUCGACUCCUUCUCUGGAGCACUUGAACAAAGUACACCAUU